AUGGCGGCGGAGGAGGGAUGGUGCGUAGUCACCGGCGGGCGUGGAUUCGCCGCACGACAUUUAGUCGAAAUGCUAAUCCGAUUAAACACCUACUGCGUCCGCAUCGCCGAUUUGGGACCCACUAUUGAACUCGAACCCUCCGAACAAUUAGGCCUUCUCGGUCAAGCUCUACACUCCGGUCGUGCUCAAUACGUCUCCCUCGAUCUUCGCAACAAACCCCAACUCCUAAAAGCAUUUGAAGGAGUUGAAGCUGUGUUUCAUAUGGCUGCUCCGAAUUCUUCUAUUAACAAUUAUCAGUUACAUUAUUCUGUUAGUGUUCAAGGAACAAAGAAUGUUAUUGAAGCAUGUGUGGAGUUAAAAGUGAAGAGGCUCGUUUACACUAGUUCUCCUAGUGUUGUUUUUGAUGGUGUUCAUGGAGUUCAUGAUGGAAAUGAAUCAUUACCUUAUCCACCUAAGCAUAAUGAUCAUUACUCGGCAACUAAAGCGGAAGGUGAAGCGUUGGUUAUUAAGGCUAACGGGACUGGUGGACUACUGACGUGCUGCAUACGCCCUAGCAGCAUUUUUGGACCUGGUGAUAAACUCUUGGUGCCGUCAUUGGUUGAUGCUGCCAGGGCAGGGAAAUCCAAGUUCAUUAUUGGUGAUGGCAAUAAUGUAUAUGAUUUCACAUAUGUUGAAAAUGUGGCGCAUGCCCAUAUUUGUGGUGAUCGAGCUCUAGCUUCAGAGGGAAGCAUUUCCGAGAAAGCUGCAGGACAGGCUUACUUCAUCACAAAUAUGGAACCUAUAAAGUUUUGGGAAUUCAUGUCUCUGAUUUUGGAAGGUCUUGGAUAUCAAAGGCCAAGAAUAAAGAUCCCUGCAUUUGUCGUCAUGCCAAUUGCACAUUUGGUGGAGUUGAUAUAUAGGCUUCUUGGCCCAUAUGGAAUGAAGGUGCCUCAGCUAACCCCGUCAAGAAUAAGGCUCUUAUCUUGCACCAGAUCUUACGAUAGCUCAAAAGCAAAGGAUCGCCUUGGCUAUGUACCCAUCGUAACUCUACAGGAAGGCUUGCGGAGGACAAUUGAAUCAUACCCACAUUUGAGGGCCGAAAAUCAACUUACGUCUGAAAGAGAAGGUCCCUCCAAAGCUUAUAUAUAUCUUGGAAGUGGAAGAGUUGCGGACACUUUGCUUUGGAAGGAUAAAAAGCAAACUUUCACUACAUUGUUAGUCUUGAUAGCAAUAUACGUCAACUUCAUUGCAUCUGAGAAUACCUUCAUUACUGCUCUUGCAAAGCUUCUAAUAUACUCAUCGAUCGGUUUAUUCAUUCAUGGCAUUCUUCCUGCAAAAAUAUUGGGGUACACUAUUGAGAAAAUGCCACCAUCAUGGUUUCACUUAUCAGAAGAUAGGUCAAAUCGAAUUGCUCUCAGAAAGGGAAUAAUUCGGUGUUGUUCUUCAAGGUUGUUUUCUCUCUGCAGCUUCCUGGGAGCAUUUUCACUUCAUAACUUGUAUACUAUAGGAUUUACCUUGGCAUUUAUAGCUUUCUACGUUUAUGAAAAGAAGGAGGAAGACAUUGACAGCAUAUUCUUAAAAACACAUACUUUUGGGUGCAAGUUGAAAUCUGAUAUCACGAAGAAGUUUCUUACUUCAAAGAAGAUUGAUUGA